AUGAACUCUUUCUUUGACCUUUUCAAAUCACCAUCAAAAAAUACCAAAACUGGUUUAUCAAGUUCAAUGGACUCAAUAACUGAACCAAAAUCAAAUAUGUCUUCACCAUCUUUAAAUUCAUCCACAUCAAGUUUAUCUUCACCAUCUUUAAAUUCAUCUCCAUCAUUAAGCUCAUCAACUGAUGGUGCUUUCAUAAUGAGAACAACAUCUUCUCCAUCAAUUGAUAUUCCAAAUAGAGAAUCCUCUUACUUUAGAAUGCUCCAAGUUGUUGAAGCUGGUUCAUUCUAA